AUGGCGGAUACAAAAUGCUUCUCUGAUCAGCCUGGACCAAGUGUUGGCAGACUUCACCGAUUGCACCCCAUCGCACAACAGGCAACUACACCUUCUGUGAAUUUGGAAUCAGUGGUUCCUACUACGCACACAGGGAGGCCACACAAAGAGAAGGGUGCACAUUUAUACACGGAAAUCAGUGAAGUCCCCACGCUGAUACUAUCCUAAUCUCAGGGAUACGGCUUCAUACCUAUCUGCCAAUCAGAGUUACCCACUGUAGCCUGUGAGUCUCUUCCACCAUCCCUGUUGGUUUUGACAGAUAUUCACAACUGUACCUAUGGUCAAUGGCUUCUUAAUAUUGUGUGGAACAGCGUUCUGCCUUUGGAGGGAAUUGGUUGCUUAUAGAUCCCUAUUCAGCACUGUAUUUCUAAGACCCCGCGGCCUGAUCUAGUUUUUACUUGAUAUAACUACACAACAGUAGCCAAGUUACUCCGAAUUGCUUACACUUCACAUUGUAACCCAAAAUCACCAAUAUUCGUAAUGAUACGGAGCAAGAUUUUCAAUGCUAUUUUAAAUAAAAACAAACAUGCAAGACCCUGUCUACUUUUCUUAACGGAAUUACAAAUUUUAGGCCAAAGAAGCUGAACAGUAAAGAUAGUCGAAUUUUUCCAAUCUGAUUAUUUUGCCCUAUAAUUUGCAAUUCUUCACAAUUUCCUGUUUAAUGAAUAAACCGGUUAGUGUUCUGUACCAUUCCAGGUUUUAGUUCUUAGCUUGACAUUACAUCAUAUAAACAAAGUGAAUUGUAAUCUGUCACGAAGAAACCAUUGAAAGUGCACUUUUCUGAUAGAAGGUUAUUAUGACCUAUAGUGAAAAACAAAUUAUAACUAAAAACUAACAACUGGGUCACUGCACCCAUUAUAUUUGCUGGUCAAGACUAGUGAUCAUCUAGCUCUCCCUCAGGUUAUAAUAUCAGCUCAGUACAGAAAAAACUACUCAUAUUAAUAACAUGGAUUGUAAUUGUCAUUGUAUUUCUGCUGCUCUGUAAGGUAUUUUUUUUUUUUUUUUAUUAACGUGGUUACAUUUUGUGGGAAAAAAAAAAUAUAUAUAUACCAUCCCAUUACUUUGCUUAGGCUUAUCCUAAACUUUGCACAAUUUAGGACAUUAUAGCUUGUUACCUGGAAAUCACGGUUAUUUAUAAAAGGAUACUUGCUAUUAAGCAGCACAGAACCUGCAGAGAUUUUCAAGCAAGAAGUAGGUUUUCACCUCUGAUGUUUGUUUGGUAAACUAUUAACAGUCCCCUUGAGUAUAUAUAUAUAUUACAAUUAAUGUACCAAUCAAUUUACUGAAUUUAUAAUAUUAACCCAUUUGUUGACUGAACUCUUGUCUGCUUAACCCCUUAAAGGAACACUAUAGUGCCAGGAAUAUAAAAAUAUAUUCCUGACACUAUAGUGUUUAAAGGGACACUAAAGUCACCAAAACAACUUUAGCUUAAUGAAGCAGUUUUGGUGUAUAGAUCAUGCAUCUGCAGUAGGAAUGCUCAGUUAUCUGCCAUUUAAGAGUUAAAUCACUUUGUUUAUGAACCAUAGUCACACCUCCCUGCAUGUGACUGCACAGCCUUCCUAAACACUUCAUGUAAAGAGUCAUCUAAAGUUUAUCCUUCCUUUAUUGCAAGUUCUCUUUAAUUUAGAUUUUCUUAUCCUCUAUGUUAAUAGCCUGCUAGAUGUAAUUAAAGUUAAAUUUACAGAGAAAGAGAUACAAUUGUUUAAACCAGUUUUUUGUUGUUGUUUUUUUCUUCAUGCAGGCUGUGUCAAUCAGAGUCAAGGGAGUUGUGACAAGGAAUGCAUAAACAGAAACAAAGUGAUUUAACUCCAAAAUGGAAGUGAGUUGAGCAGUAAAACCUGAGAAGCAUGAUCUAUACACUAAAACUGCUUCAUUAAACUUAAGUUGUUUAGGUGACUACAGUGUCCCUUUAACUAUUUAGUUGACCAUCCCCCCACCACUCACUGCAUUCACUGUACACACACACUCUGACCUACACACUAAAACGGCUUAAUUAAGCUAAAGUUGUUUAGGUGACUAUAGUGUUACUUUAAACGCACUAACCCUGCUCACAAAUACAACCCUGCAAGAAUGGGCAAAUGGUAGAUCUCUAGCUGGUAUAGCAUCAUUGGAAUUGUACAAUUGGCCACCCUUGCACUAGAGGGGGAUCCCCCCCCAAAAAGUUCUUGCACCUGGAUCCUCUCUACAUUAGUUCCGCCACUGAUUAAAAUGAUACAUGCAUGUCAUAUAUCUACUCUAUAUCAAAUGAAAAUUAUUAUUAAAAGUGACAUUGUUAUCCAAAACCUCCUCAAAUUUAUAUUUUCCUGUGUUCACCUCCAAAGGGGUCUCUGAAGAUGCCCUCCAGCUUCAGAUGCCCCUUUGGAGGUGACCACAGGAAAGAAUAAAUCUGGAGUGCCUAUAGAAAUACAACGUUGUCCUAAUACAGCACUGUCCCAAUUGCUACACUCUCCCUUUGCCCCCUUUCUAUGGGAGGCACGUGAAAAUCCUUUGCUAGUAUCUACUCACAAGGCGCAGAAAUUGGUGAGACAAUUACUAGGACUGCAGCGGCAAUACACCAGAUUUAUCCCCUUCUUGCUCAAUCUAAAUUUUCAAGACGGGGAAGCUCAAUAUACAUAUUGUUCCUGGGUGGAUAGAAUACACGAUUUUCUGAAUGACAAUAGUAGAUCAAUCCUCUCUUUUCAACAAGUCAAACACAAAUUUCCUGACGUUCCUUGCAUACCAGCAGCCUGAUUACUUCUUUCCACACUUAAGCCCCACAGACUGGAACCAUUAAAUCUAUUAUUUACUUACUCAACCCGCCGAUUCUUCCUUCUCAAUUAGCGUACUUUAUUCUCUAAUCCGGUCCCACUUGGAUACAUUGAUUAAAGGUAUCUCUCGAUGAGUAGUUGGAUGGGUAGAGAAAAAGUUUUUUUCUCAACUGGCAACCUUACAUUACCUCUUUAAAUAGAGCAAUCUAAUCCAAAAUUAAAGCUCCUUUUGAAUUCACAAAUUGAAGACUACCAGCAUCAUGUAAAACCCCAUAGGAAAGCAUUAUACAGGUUUUCAUAAGGGGGGAAAACUAAUCAGCGUCAAGGGACACUGAGGGGUUUUUAACCCCUUCUGCGCCACGGGAGGAGAGGGGAAAGGGUUUGACCACUUAGUUAUUUACUAAAGUGAGAAUUAACUGUGAAUGUCAAACUGAAAGUAUAGCUAACGUAAAGGGACACUAUAGACCCCAAGAUCAUUUCAUGUCAUUGGAGUGGUCUGGGCAGCAAUUCUUUCCUAUGGUGAGGGUUUAAAGGACCACUAUAGUGCCAGGAAAACAUACUCGUUUUCCUGGCACUAUAGUGCCCUGAGGGUGCCCCCACCCUCGGGGUCCCCCUCCCGCCGGGCUCUAGGGUGAGGAAGGGGUUAAACUUGCCUCUUUCUCCAGCGCCGGGCGGGAGCUCUCCUCCUCGGCUGAAUGCGCAUGCGCGGCAAGAGCUGCGCACUCAUUCAGCCAGUCUCAUAGGAAAGCAUUCUCUGAAACUGCAAUAUUUAUAGAAAAAAGGGUUAAUCCUAGCUGGACCUGGCACCCAGACCACUUCAUUAAGCUGAAGUGGUCUGGGUGCCUAUACUGGUCUUUUAAUGCACAUGGGCAUUGGAGCCCUGCCGUUACUAGGGACAUCGGCACUGUACUCUGGUAAGUACAGUAAGGGUUUAUUAACCGUUACAGUACGGGGGACAAGGCAAGUGAGCUAUAGUGCUAGGAAUUCAACUUUGUAUUCCUAGCACUAUAGUGUCCGUUUACACUUUCCCCAUUUUGGCUACUUUGACUUUGAAUUCUUACUUUAUUGAUUAACCAUGUAACUGUGGAAAAGUUCAUGUAAAAGUUUCAUUCAGAACAGACUACUUCUCCAUACAAAAUGCACUCAUUAGAAAUUGAAACUCAUAUGUUUUGCACUGAUAGCAAAUACUAAUAAACUCACCUCACAGUAGUAGGUUUCCCAUACAAAUAGACUCUAGUAAGCACUGUGAGCAAAUGCAGAAGUAACCUGGAAUAAUAAUAAUAAUAAUAAUAAUCCCCAUGGUGGAAUAAAUGGUGCAAAACAAGGGAUUAAUUUUAUACGGUAAAAGAUGUCCUUUUUAGCCCAUUUUAUAUAAAUCCAAACAAACGCAUUACAGAACAAAAAUAAAAUACAUUUUCGUUCCCCAUCAGUUUGAUACACCUCCCAAUUGUUUAAAUUACUCCUCCACAUUUACAAUGUGUGCCCUGGCUGGUCCUGGCAUGAACUGAAUUAUGGCAAGUUGACAACAUUUGCUAAACAUUAUUUUGAAAGAAAACUGAGUAUCACAUGGGAAAGGAAUUCCGGAGAGGUGAUAGUUCCCCUUUAAUUAUUUUCCCCAAGUUUGGCUAUUUUGACCGAAUGUUGUUUCCAGCUCACAGCUUAGUGAAUACACUCCAAUUAAGUGUCAAUGGUGGCUGGAUAGAUAGAUAGAUAGAUGUAUUUAGUACAGAGCCUGUCCAUACCUACCUGGUCAUAGUGUUCCCGAACUCACCCUCUUUAAUCAUGUCAGGCCCCCGUCCUUCACUACGCUGUGCUGAUGCUUGAUGUUUUUGUACCCACACACUGUACCCACCAUCUCUCCCCUCUCCUUAUUUCCUCCACUUCCUCUGCCUUUACUUCCCCAGUGCAGUGCGCCGACUGGCCAGCAUGGGGAGUGAGCUUAGCGAGUCCCAGCCGUGCAGUGCAGGCCUGUCUAUCCCAGUGCUGAGCAGGGCUGGGCGCAGUGUCCGCCUACUGUUUGCACGGGGAGCCCCGGGCUUGGCUGUUCCGGGAUACAGGUUGUUUCUGGACAGGUUUGUGAACAGUCUCCGCACUAAUAAAUACCUUGCUGGACAUGUGAGUCUGUAAGAUAGCCGGGCACUGGCUGCACACUGACACAGGGCUGGGAAUGGGAGCAAGGUGAAAGCAGACUAACUCCUAGAACUCCCAGCCAGCAUCCUGGGCUCACUCACACUGUAUGGCAGCUUGCUUCUCUCUAUUACAUGGUCACACACAGGGAAAGCCAUUGAAUAUAAUAACAUUCAGUGUUCCAUGUCCACUAGUUUAAUGAUUAGUGUGUGUCUGUUUCUGUCAGAGAAUGUGUUUGUCUGUCACUGAGAGUAGAUAUAUUUUUGUCAGUGAUUGUGUAUGUGUGUUUCAGUGCGUGCAUGCGUGCCUGUUAGUUAAUGUGUAUGUCUGUCAUUGUGUGUCUUUCUGUGAAUGUGUGUAUAUAUGCCUGUCAGUGUGUAUCUGUCAGUUAGUAUUAGGGAUCGACCGAUUGUAGGUUUUGCCGAUAUUAUCGGCAGAUAUUCAUAUUUUUGGUAAAUAUCAGUAUCUGCCGAUAAUCACUGCUAAUACCGAUAAUGAGGUGGGCUGGCAAGUCCAUAAGGAGGCACAAGCGGCUGUCUUAGGGUGCACUGGCCCGGGGGUGCUAGAAUAGAGUGGGGGGGGGGAGGGAGAAGGAAAGAACACUAAGUGAGGGGGGAGGGAGAAGGAAAGAACACUAUGGGACAGGGGAGGAUGGGGGGAGAAGGAAAGAACACUAUGGGACAGGGGAGGAUGGGGGGAGAAGGAAAGAACACUAUGGGACGGGGGAGAGAGAGAGGAACAUUAAGGGAGGGCACUAAGGUACAGGGGAGGAAGGAGAAAAGGAACACUGGGGUAGAGGGGGGACCAUUAAAAGAGAAGGGAGUGGAACAUUAAGGUGAAUGGGUGGGGGGGGCACUAAGAGACAGGUGAGGGGGGAGUUCCUACCGCACAUAUUUACGCACACACUGCAUCCACUAUACAGACACAUUGCAUCCACUACUCAAAUUAUUAUUUUAUACAAGAAUUACUAAUAUAGUAUACUCACAAACAGAGAGCCUGUGACCUGGCUCAGUAACCGAACUCUGUGUAGUUAGGGACUACACUCCCUUCUUCGCAACGACAGAAAUCACAGAAUAAUGUUAAAAAGAUAUACUUUAUUAAAAUAUACAAUAAAAAAUGCCAAAUACCAAGGUAUAUAUAUAUAGUCUAUAUAGCCAGAGAAACGCGUUCUCCGAUCUCUCGGCUUCAAUUCCCUAUAUACUAUAAUAAUCGUGUUCAGUUAACAAUAGAUUUGUGUAGAAAUUUUCUUUUUUUCAAAACGGUAAAUGUACAGUAUAUCGGUAAGCUAUCGGCCUGAAAGUUCCCAGAUUAUCGGCUCUAAAAAAAAUCAAUAUCGGUCAAUCCCUAGUUAGUAUAUGUGUGUGUCUCACACCGAAUGUGCAUCUGUCGGUAUGUGUGUCUGUCGGUGAAUGUGAGUGACUGUAGCUGUGAAUGAGCGAGUGUGUAUGUCUGUGAAUGCGAAAGUGUGUGUUGGUUAAACAGUGUGUGUGACAAUGACUGUAUCUAUCAGUGAGUGUAUCUCAGUGCAUGCAUCAGUGAGGGCGUGUGUCUGUCAGGAAUAGACAUUUGGAGAGGGGGGUGCCCGAGUAUUGUCACGCCUAGGGCAGCACAAAACCAGAAUCCACCACUGGGUACCACGACUGUGACGUCAGUACAUAAAACUUCAGACUUCUCAAUUUUUGGCACCUCUCACUCCAGUAACCCGAAAUUGCGUCUAACUCAGACUUCACAGCCCUGGCUGGUCUCAUAACCACUACAGAAGUAAUAAUUUAUUUGUACAGCUGACCACCAUGCAUACAUAUUGUGACCUAAAGGAACACUCCGUGCACCCUAACAACUUAAUCUCAAUUAAAGUGUUAUCGUUCCUGGAGAUCCUGGAUGUCAUGCUAAUUUAAAGGAACACUAUAUUGCUAGGAAAACAAAGUUGUUAUCCAGGCUCUAUAGCUCCCUAUAGUGCUUUCCCUCCCUAUAAAACCCUUUUGUCACUUACCUUGUUCCGCUUUCGCUCCUUCCUUGCUGACGUCAGCCUGCGUGGAGACCUAAUACAAUCCUUUCCUACGGGUGUUUCAGGUGACGCUGGAUGUCCCCCUCUCCUGCUAUGCUAUCCAGCUAUAGUGCCCUGAGGGUACCCUCACCCUCAGGGACCUCCUACCGCCCAGCUCUGGGGAGAGGAAAGGGGUUAAAACUUACCUUUUUCCAGCGCUGGGCGGGGAGCUCUCAUCCUCCUCCUCUCUGCCCCUUCGGCUGAAUGCGCACCCGCGGCAGGAGCUGCGCGCGCAUUCAGCCAGUCUCAUAGGAAAGCAUUUACAAUGCUUUCCUAUGGACGCUUGCGUGCUCUCACUGUGAUUUUCACAGUGAGAAUCACGCAAACGCCUCUAGCGGCUGUCAGUGAGACAGCCACUAGAGGAAUUGGAGGAAGGAUUAACCCAUUUACAAACAUAGCAGUUUCUCUGAAACUGCUAUGUUUAUAAAAAAAUGGGUUAACCCUAGAGGGACCUGGCACCCAGAUCACUUCAUUAAGCAGAAGUGGUCUGGGUGCCUAGAGUGGACCUUUUAGGUGGGCCUCACACACAAGCAAAAAAAAAAAAAGAGUUCGACAUAGACCAACACAAACUUAAAUUACUUGUAUCAUUCUCAUGCAAACAAUAUGUAAUCCUGGGUACAUAAAUAUAAUUCACUCAAAAGCUUUACCUCAAGUUACUUACUUUCUCAGUAGUAAUACCACUGUUUGCAGUGUCCACUCCACUCACCCCCUCAGUCCCUCUGCAAACUGCCGUCUCAGCCAGGUAGGUAGCCGCACUGUCUGCUCUGCUCGCUCCGUAGUCCCUCUUCAAUCUCCAGGCAGAGUAAUGUGUGGCUGCACACUCCACUCUGCUCGCUUCUACCCUCUUCCAUCCAUGUCUAUUCUUCCCCCCUCCCAUCCAUGUCUCUCUUCCCCCUUCCCUCCAUGUGUUUUUCCCUCUAUGUCUCUCCCCCAUGCCUCUCUCCCACCUUCCAUAUCUCUCCCUCCCUUCCAUAUCUCUUCCCCUUUAUAUAUCUCUCCCCCACAUCUCUCCCUCCCUUCCAUAUCUCUGCCCCCACAUCUCUCCCUCUCUUCCAUAUCUCUCCCCCCACAUCUCUCCCUCCCUUCCUUCCAUACCUCUCCUCCCACAUCUCCCCCCUUCCAUAUCUCUCCCCCCAUGUCUCCAUCCGUUCCAUAUCUCUCCCCUUACCCAUUUCAUCCAAGUCACCCUUCCUAACACUUUGAUUCUAAAUGAAAUCUCCCUACCCCCUUCCAUUCCUAUCUCUCCCACCCAUGUCUCCCUCCUACCCCUUCAUACCUGGCAGGCAGCUGUUUCUCUCACAGAGCCGGCACCCGAGGUGUUGGUAGGGCCAGCUCUGCACUGCACUAUUGAUAGAUGGCCCUCUCCAUGCUGUUUCUCACCUGACAUAGCAGGAGAGAGGGGCUUAUCCGGCGCUCCCACGCAGAACCAGAGGGGGUGGCGCUCCCCCUCCCAGUGUACUAAGGGUGCGGUUCCCUUAUGGAGCCGCACGCUGCCUGUGGGUGGAGGAAACACAGGCUGAGGCAGUCUGACAAGUAAUUUUUGCGCACUCCUGGUUGGCUUAUCUGCGGGCCACAAUGAACGUAAUUGUGGGCCGCGAGUUUGACAUCCUUGCCUUAAAUGGUUUCUCCAACUCUCAUGAAACUUCUUUAUUUUUUGCUGUAAUUGUCACAUAUGCCCCUUUUUAUGCCUUUUGUACAUAUGCCCCUUUUUAUGCCUUUUGUUGUGUGUACCAAACUGUAAAAAAAGGCAAAAACAGACUUUGAAUCCGGCUGGGCUAAGUUCUCCGAGAAGCUCUCCAUGCCUACUCAUACAUCAUGCUACGUUACUGGUGUAAUAGAGAAGCAUUGUUGGACUUUGGGCGUAUGCACGGUGAGCUUGACGCCCAGCAAAUCCGCUUCUUUUGAUGUGUGCAGUGUGUGUUCACAAGCACCAAAUGAGUUGAGUGACAGCUUAUUUAACUGAUACAGCCUGUCCACCUCCUAAUCCAAGAGCCAAGGAGGGAGGGAUAGAGGGUUGGGGAUGCAUGUACAUGGUUUGGGGGAAAAGCAAUUGUAUAAUGUAGAUUUGCCGGGAGGAGACAAUUUUACAGUGAGCAAGUUGGUUUCUUGUUGCAGGCGCACUUAUAACUCUGCAUACUAGAGAAGAAGCUCAUUACAUCCAGUGUGCAGUGCGUUCUGACAAUGUAGGUUUUUUUAUGCACAGAGCUGACAGUCAAUCUAGAACAGAGUUUUGGUCUGACUAGGUCAUGUGUGCCUACCUUCCGGCACAAAACCAUUAGUAUCUCUGAAUAUAUAGUGCAGGGGUAGGCAACCUUUUAGCAGCACUGUGCCGAUAUAGGAUUGUGAUGUCCCGUAGCGUGCCGGUCCUAUUUUUUUAAAUUGAGGUGUGUAUGCUGCGUUGUGUUAUUUUUACUGCAGUUGCUUUGCAUCGUUGUAUUUGUGCGUAUAUAAGCUAUUAUAUUGUAUAUGUUCAUUAGUAGUUUAUGGUAUCGUGUAUGAUACAUAUGAAUGUGGGCUGUGUAUGAGGGCUGCUUGUGGAAUUGUGUGUGGAUAGAUAUGUCACAUUGUGUGUUUGGUAGUGUGUGUGGGCUGUUUGGGGUAUUGCAUGUGAGAGGCUGCAUGUGGGGUUGUGUGCAUGGAUGUGGAUUGUUAGCGGGUUACGUUUGUGCGGAUUGUGUGUAUGUUUGCGUGUGGGCUGUUCGUAUUAUUUGUAUAAGGGGAGGGUUAUUCUUCAUUUCUGUGUUAUGAAUGUAAAUUAGUGAUAUUAAAAUGUCUAUUUACUGUGUAUACCUGUAUUCAAUAUCUACUCAAAAUGGCUGCUAGAGCACCCCCUCCCACCGACUAACUACCUUGUGUAACAAGAUGGCGCCUAGAUCCGGAGUAAAAUCCCGGGAUGAUGGUGACAUCACACCUCGUAGGAUGUGCAUUAGAUAAGACACUUAACACCUAACCAAUUAAAGAUGUAUUCUCUCUGUUAUCUACAUUUUUGCAUAUGAUGUAUUUUUGCCUUUAUAAGAAGCUUGCCGCCCCCUGAGUAAACAUUCCGAAGUUUUUCAUUAACCUGAUACCUGUGUCUCAGUGUAAUUUACUUCAGAGCGUGCACGCAUUUAUUUUAACAAUUUGGAAAGAAGCAGAUACUCCGAUAAAUACUUGGUUUGAUCCACAAUAUCUGUGCAUAUCUAGCAGUAUGGUUGACUUCCCUGGGUUCCAGUGGGGACCAGGCUGGCCUGGUACAGGUCAAAGACAGGAGAUGCAACAGCCGCUGCAGGCUGCUCUACUACGUUGUAGAUUCCCAUUCACAAGUGCUUGGAGGAAGUGAUCUGAGAUCAUUUCCUCUGUGCUGCAAUGCUUAAAUUGAGGAUUGUCCUUCACCAUCUUUUCGUAUUAGCAGAUAUUUGAAGUUUUACUGGGACUCCUGAUAGGCCAGAGCCUGUUUGGCUCUAGCAGCCUUGAGUGCCGUGCAAAGACACCUCGAGUGCCGUGCAUGGCACUAGUGCUGUAGGUUGCAUACCCCUGAUAUAGUGUUUCAAGCUGAAAUGCUGCACAUACUGAUUGCUUGCACCAUGACAACUUCUAAAAGCAGAAGUAGCCAUUGCAGUUGAAGCAUCCCUUUACAGUAAGACACAGCCUAGAACCUCCAGGCAGCAUAAUAACGUAAUUGAAGUGACAUAGUUAUGGUCCCCAAAGGAUUCCUUUUUUUUUUCCUUUAAAAACUCCAUGACAAGUUUUUAAUUAUCAGUCAAGUUAUGUAAACCAUACUUUGCUGUAAUGAAGUGUGGACACAUCCUACUGUAGGGUUUUUUACUCUAAAGCAGUGGUUUCCAAACCAGUCCUCGUGGCCCACCAAGAAUCCAGGAUUUCUGUAUUUCCCUUUUCUUUUCUAUGGAAGAUAAUGACAAAACCUGGACUGUUGGUGGAAAACAGGUUUGAGAAACACUGUUCUAAAGUGAUGUUAUGAACUCAUGCACCAAACAUUCUUUGCUGUCAGAAAGGAGAUCAGGUAAGAAAGACAUAAACAUUUCGGUCCUCAAAAUGGACUGCGUUUCAGAGAUACUGAUCCUCGAGAUUUAUAAAAUUAUGAAUUCUGUCUUCUUCCAAAUACUAGCCUAAAUUGUGCUUGUUGGUUGUCAGUGCAUCAUAAGCAACAAUUUAAUGAAUAGGCCCUAUUUUAUACCACCAUUCAUCUGAUAAUGCCCCAGUUAUCAAAAUUUGAAAGCAAACACAUACACAAGCACUGACAGAGACACACACGCAAAUAUUGAAAUUUAAGAUUUUAGUUACUCUAUUGUUUGCCUACAUUUGCCAGUGGGGAUCUAGCACCGAUGGCGAGCUGUGAUGGGUGGUUUCUGUCUGGGUACUGGAAGGAAUAGAUCAGACAUCACUCCAUCCCAGAGCAACCAUGCAUGUUGCUUCCUGAUGUAGUAAUGUAUGAAGGAGAUUGCCAGGAUCAAGAUUCAAGAUGUCAGCCAUGGAGGUGGGACCAGCCGUUGCUAGACAGGUGCAGCGAUGGAGAAAAGGUAUGUUUAAAUGCCAUUUAACUCCAUUCUGAAGGGUGCUGGGGACAGAAACUGCUACUCCAAAACUCUGUUUGUAUUCCUAACACUAUAGUCUUCUAGCAGAACUAGAAUUUUGAGAAUUUUCCAUAUCGGUUAUUUUGACCUUAAAGGGACACUAUAGUCACCAGAACAACAACAACUAAUGUAGUUAUUAUGGUGUCUAAAGCUGCAGGCAUUUUCAUACAAACAUUGCCUUUUCAGAGAGAAGACAGUGUUUAUAUUACUGCCUAGGAACACCUCUAGUGACCACCCGUCAGACAGCCACUAUAGGUGCUUCUUAGGUCAGUGCUUCAGAGUGUGGAGACACAAAACUUUCCCCAUAAAGAUGCAUUGAUUCAAUGCAUCUCUAUGAGGAGAUACUGAUUGGCCAGGAUGAUGUUUGGCUCCGCCCUGGUUUGCCUCCUUGGCUGAGAUCAUCAGAAUUGACGAUCUAAGCCAAUCCAAUGCUUUUCCAAUUCUGAUGAUGUCAGCCAAGGAGGUGGAUCGGGGCGGCGCUGGAAAUAUGGUGAGUUUUAACUAUAUUUAGGGGGUCCAGGGACUAAAUAGUGUUUUUAACGAUAUAGUGUCAGGAAUACACUUUUGUGUUCUUGACCCUUUAAAGUUAAAAUUCACUUUGAAUUCUAACUUUAGUGAAUACUGCUCUGUGUGCAUGAAGUAAUAUUAUGGUAAUUCCUAACUAUUGUAGACCUUUGACCUUAAUGGUAACCAUUCAUACAAUGUGCUAUUACCAUUAACAAAUUGUUUGUGUGUUUACAGUUAACAAUCAUAAACAUUACGUGAAGAAUAAGGCAAAGGUUGAAGGACAUUCUACAGGUAUGAAUGCGAUUGUUUAGUGCCCAUGUGAUUAAAAGAUUGAUAUGUACUUUGAACCUGUAUGUACCACCCCUUCUCUUUCUAUAGCAGGUUUACAGGUCACAGUCCUCAUGCAUCGUCUGCCUUUGCUGCGAGGCCUUCUCUCUUUACCGUCUCCUGUUACAGGAUCCUGCAGGAUGCAGAGUUUAGGAAGCCAACAGCCCCUCAAGAGACUGCAAGGGAAAGUGGCAUUGGUGACAGCCUCAACAGAAGGGUAACCUCUGUCUUUUCUGUGACUUCCUAUGUUGUUUAUUUAAAUUUUGUCACAUUAAUUAAAGUGUCGCAAACACAAAAGAGUUUUAGUCAAACCAUUAACUAUACAUUGUCUGUACACAUAAGGUGCCCUGCUAUAAUGUCUACCUCAUGUAUACAGUUAGUUCACGUUUCUGUUACAACAUUUAAAGGAUAUUCCCUUAGAGUUUUUAUAUUAACAAUGUUAAUAGUAUAUUUGCUAUUUUUAUUUAAACUUGAAGUGUACAAUUUAGCCAUCUGGCAGUAUUUGCAUUAACUUGCUUAAUGUUAGUCGUAAGCAUUGCCUGCCACGAUCUUUUCUAGAUGUAGUUGUAGAGGCUAAUCCAUAUGUAACACCCUUGCUUAACCUCAACCCUUUCCUCAAGUACAAUAUGCAUGUUUACAUAUACCACUCUCUUCUAGGAUUGGCCUGGCAGUAGUCCGGAAACUAGCUGAGGAUGGGGCCAGUGUGAUGUUGAGCAGUCGUAGACAGCAAAACGUGGAGAGAGCUGUCAAAGAGCUCCAGCAGCAAGGACUGGAUGUGGAGGGAACAGUGUGCCACGUGGGGAAAAAGGAGGAUAGGGAGAGGUUGGUAGAGACGGUGAGAUUUUAAUAUUCACAUGGUUGGGUAGGAAAAGGAGGGAUAUUGGUGGGUAGGGUAAAAAAAAAAAAAGGAAGACUAGCAAAAAAUAUAGUAAUAAAAGAUCAGUGGACACGGCGAAAGAGGAGGAAAGAAAAGGAGGAGAUAUGUGGCAGUGAUCAUCUCUGAAUCUGCUCGCAAAAUGAAUAACAUGUCAAUAUAAUAUCUAUAUACUGAUACCAAGUAUACUUGCUGUGGAUCACAUAUAUCCACUGAUAAGACACAUUUUUGUAAUCUGAGACUUACAUCUGACUCCUCGGUCAACGGCUACUGAUAGAGAGUUUGUGAAUACAGUAUUGCAGUUAUUCUUAGGAUAAACAUUAAUCCCAAAGUAUAGUUUUUAAUGAUUUCCAUUGGUGUUUUUUUUAUUUUUUUAUAACAUAUCCCUGUGGAAGGAAUAGGAACAUGUUUAUAAAAAAGAGACACUAGUGGGAAUAAAAAACAUUCACUGAAGUGGGAAUUGUUGGGGAUUCAAAGUGAAUUUCAAAUUUAAAUCAAAACUAGCCAAACUGGAAAAAUUCUCCAAGUCUGAUUUGCUACCAGUUCUGCUAUUUUAGCCUUUAUUUGAAAUUCACUUUGAAGUCCAACAAAUCCUCAUUGUUAUGAAUAACCAUGUGACGAGAAUAAGGAUAUCUGACAAUGAAUAAAACAAAUCACUAUUUAAAAUUUCUUUUUUGCCAACUUUCUAAUGGCAUCUAAAAUAACUGUAUCAUCAACAAUGUCUAUUGCUUUAUAAAGUUUAUAUUUCUUGUAUGACAAACUAUUCAAAUGAAAUGAAAUUUUUAGUGGGACUGAAACGUUGACCAUCUAUAGCACUACAAGCACUUUAUGCAAGUGUUUUUUUAAAGAUGAAGAAAUAAAUGCUAGGUUUUGAGACCGUGAGUGCAGACUACCUUUGGAAUUUGUUCAUAUAUAUAUAUAUAUAUAUAUAUAUAUAUAUAUAUAUACACUGAACAAAAUUAUAAACGCAACACUUUUGUUUUUGUCCCCAUUUUCAUGAGCUGAAUUCAGAGAUCUAAGAAUUUUUCUAUGUACACAAAAGGUCUAUUUCUCUCAAAUAUUGUUCACAAAUCUGUCUAAAUCUGUGUUAGUGAGCACUUCUCUUUUGCCGAGAUAAUCCAUCCACCUCACAGGUGUGGCAUAUCAAGAUGCUGAUUAGACAGCAUGAUUAUUACAAAGGUGUGCCUUAGGCUGGCCACAGUAAAAGGCCACCCUAAAAUGUGCAGUUUUAUCACACAGCACAAUACCACAGGUGUCGCAAGUUUUGAGGGAGCGUGCAAUUGGCAUGCUGACUGCAGGAAUGUCCACCAGAGCUGUUGCCCAUGAAUUGAAUGUUCAUUUAUCUACCAUAAGCCGUCUCCAAAGGUGUUUUAGAGAAUUUGGCAGUACAUCCAACCGGCCUCACACCUGCAGACCACUUGUAACCACACCAGCCCAGGACCCCCACACCCAGCAUCUUCACCUCCAAGAUCGUCUAAAACCUGCCACCCAGACAGCUGCUGCAACAAUUGGUUUGUAUAACCAAAGAAUUUGUGCACAAACCAUCUCAGGGAAGCUCAUCUGCAUGCUCGUCGUCCUCAUCGGGGUCUCAACCGACUUGCAUGGGCAAAUGCUCACAUUCUAUAGCGUCUGGCACUUUGGAGAGGUAUUCUCUUCACGGAUGAAUCCAGUUUCCACUGUACAGGGCAGAUGGCAGACAGCGUGUAUGGCGUUGUGUCGGUGAGCGGUAUGCUGAUGUCAAUGUUGUGGAUCGAGUGGCCCAUGGUGGCGGUGGGGUUGUGGUAUGGGCAGGCGUAUGUUGUGGACAAUGAAUACAGGUGCAUUUUAUUGAUGGCAUUUUGAAUGCACAGAGAUACCGUGAUGAGAUCCUGAGGCCCAUUGGUGUGCCAUUCAUCCACGACAAUCACCUCAUGUUGCAGCAUGAUAUUGCACGGCCCCAGAUACUGACUCGUUUUCGGACCCCCCUGGGUCCCCUAAUACAAUAAAACUGCACAUUUUAGAGUGGCCUUUUAUUGUGGUCAGCCUAAGGCACACCUGUGCAAUAAUCAUGUUGUCUAAUCAGCAUCUAUGCCACACUUGUGAGGUGGAUGGAUUAUCUCAGCAAAGAAGAAGGGCUCACUAACAGAUUUGUGAACAAUAUUUGAGGGAAAUAGGCCUAUUGUGUACAUAGAAAAAGUCUUAGAUCUUUGAGUUCAGCUCAUGAAAAAUGGGAAAAAUAAUCACAGGAACCGCACUCACUCCCAGCGGCCACCGGUGCUCCGGAACAGGACCAGCACUCAAAACACGUUAAGGCAGCAAGAAAGAUUCCCAGGCACUCAGUGUGAAAGCCGCAGGCAGAUUUAUUGAAACAAAAAGGAGAACAACAUGAAAAAUGGGGGCAAAAAAAAAGUGUUGCAUUUAUAAUUUUGUUCAGUGUAUAUAUAUAUAUAACAGAAUAAUUAUUAACAUUAGUAUGUGGCUGAUGGUGAAUUAUACAUGUGAUAAGACACAUAAGCACCAGUUUUAGGGUAGUUGCAAUGGUCUGUAUUUAUGAAGAAAAUUCAUCUUGAUUGCUGCAUGCUAUUGUUCUGUCUCAAGACACAUCACAUAUGUCUAACGUGGAAGGUCUCAAUUGGACAGCCAUGACAUGUAGCUAGAUUCUCUCACCCCUCCCACCACCCAAGUGUAGGAGAGAAAGUCCCUAUUUGGUCCUAAAUCCCUAUGUCCCUCUUUCCUAUCUUAAUGUCUCUCUUUUUUUUUUUUUUUAGAAACUCCAUAUUGUUGGUGUGUCUCAGGGUAUAAUAGUGCUCCACGACAAUAAUACUCCCAGUAAAGUGUCCAUUCAAAAUUUUGGGAGAAAGCUCAUAACAUCUUUCAUGCCUGUAAUUUGUAGGUGAAACAUGAAGGUUACAAUUAGUGGUUUGUGUUCUAGGCGGUUCGGCGGUAUGGAGGGAUCGAUAUCCUGGUCUCAAAUGCUGCUGUGAAUCCUUUCGCAGGAAACAUACUGGACUCUACUGAAGAGGUGUGGGACAAGGUGAGUGUUUCUGUGAUUAGAUUUUCCCAACAUAUGACAAAUAAGCAAGAUUCAAGACUACUUUACAAGCUGGUAAUUUUGUAUGUGUGUUAUCAAAAGAAUACAGAACAAUAGCACAUAGAGCUAGAAACAAUAUAAAUGGCAUGAGGGAUAUACAAGGCAUUUAACUUGGUGUCCACAGGCAUUUGUCCAAUUUGUGUGUCUUGGUUUCUGUCUUUGUUUAUCAUUUUGAUUCUAUCUGGAUAAAUUCUACAACGUUCUCCAAUAUAUUUGUUCUUUAUAUGGUGGCACCUUUAGGAACACUGUAAUUAUUAUCUUAGUUAAUUAUUUGCAUUCCAGAUACUUGCAGUUAGCUUAGUAUGUGACUGCAUAUCAUAUAUUUCCUUGGAAGUGUGCCAUGAGUAGUCUGCUUUCAUCCACCACCUACAAGCUCACCUACACCACCUGAAAAGUAGUGUUGGAGACUGUAUGUGUCCAUUCAGGGGCCUCAUUUAGCAAGGUUGAUUCUUCUUUAUCCAUUUUGGAUAACUCAAUAACCAUCAUGGUACAUAGAAAUGCUAUUAAAUAAUAGCAAUCUAACAUAUGAUAAGAAUUGUAACUACAUGGAUUGCUGACACACACAUUGUCCAUUCCUCCCCAGAUUCUGGAUGUAAAUGUUAAAGCUACAUUUUUGUUGGUGAAGCUUGUGGUACCAAAAAUGCAGGAAAGAGGGUAAGAAUUUGGGAAUAACACAGGAAGUGCAUGUGUAUAAUGGAUUUUAAUUUGGCCUUUUUGGGGGCUGUAGAAUAGAAGAUUUAAAAGAAAGAAGACUUCUGACAGUAAGUAUAAUUUUUUUAUUUUGCAGGUAUUCAUUUAAUGCGCCCCCUUACUAUUAUUCAGAUGACGGGGGGUAGGUAGGGUUCAUUGUCUGCCCAUUUGCUAGUUUUCAAAUAUUUAGUAGAUAUGAGUUUAAAACUUCCUUUAUAACCCUCUGUGACAACCUUCCGGUAGGUUUGCUUGAAGAGGAAAGGCAAACCCUUGCAGAGACAACCUUGCCAGGUGCCUAAGAGUGAUACAGGAACCUGGGAGAUCUAUGAGGGCAUGUGUAUUUACAGAGGUGAUGAAGCCAGAAAGGAGCAGACAGAAAGUGGUGUCAGGCAGUCCAAUGGCAAGGGCUCGCUGCAAAGUUGCAAAGUCAAGAGUCAAACCGAAGGUCAGAAGCCAGGAAAUCCAUGAAUAGGCAGCAGGAUGCAAGAGCCUAAAGGUCGGAUACAAGAAGCACGUCAGAGUCAAUGCCAAGGAACCAGGACCAUGAGACUGGGGAAAACACCAAAACAACCAAGCAAUGACCAAGUGCUUGGGUAUUUAUAUGGAGAGCUGAUCACAUGACUGGAGCCCUCAUUAGUUAUAAAGGAGGAGCCGGCAUCUGGCACCAUCUUGGUUAAACAAAGACUCCCGCUCCCCCAGCAGUCCCGAGCAGCUACACACAGUGGCCACCAUCUUGCCAUGGCAACUCCAUCAUGGAGCUGGCACAGACAAAGAAUGCCAGACGGAGGGGAGCACUGCCGGAGUGGCAGCCCAUGAGAAUCCACUCGCAGGAUGCCUCAGGCAUGCUGGAGCAGGUAAGUGCAGGGGAAAAACGUGGACACCCCCUAAGGCCUUUUCAUUUAUUUACUUGUAAUGUGGCGGCAAGCAAGCUCUUGCCAGCUGUUACUUUAUUAACCAGUGGGAGAAUAGAACUUGAAAUUAUCAUUCACUUGCAUAAAGCAGGUAAACAAUAUCUUACGGACGUGCAUCCUACCGAAUGGAUUUGGUCCUGAAUUUUGUUAAAACCGGUGCUUUAUGAAUCAUCUGAAUACUAUGUAAAGGAUCAAAAAUGAUCAAAAUGCAGCCGGGCAAUUGCUGCAAAUUCAGUCGGAUCGGAUUAGGCUUUAUUCAGAGGGAAUUCUGAUUGGAUUUGGCUUUAGUUAAUAUGAGUUGAAUUGACAUUUCCAGUCGGGAUUUGUCCAUUUUCACCUGAUUUUGACCAUCCGGUCAAAAAAGGUGAAUUUACCUACUUUUUCUCAAUCUCAGCAGCAACAGUCAGGGGCGUUUUAGCCGCGAGGCAAACAAGGCAUUUGCCUUGGGCGGCAUUUUUCAGGGGGCGGCAAAAAAAGCCGCCCCCCAAAUGCCCAAGGCAAAUGUCUUGUUAGCCUCGCGGCUAACAGACAUGCUGGGCGCUGGGCGGCAUUGGCGGGCGGCUGACGAGGGAGCUCUUCCUGUGAGCUGACUGCUCAGCUCCCUCGCGCGCCACAGAGUGAGGCUGGGAGCCGGAAGAUGACGUCAUAUCCUGGCUCCCAGCCUCACUCUGCGGCGCUCACAGGAAGAGCUCCCUCGUCAUCCGCCCGCCAAUGCCGCCCAGCGCCCAGCAGCCACUGGACCACCAGGGAGAUAGAGAACCCCUUCCCUCCCCAGCACUCCCAAAGGUAAAGAGGCUGGAGGGGGGGGGGGGGUUUAAAAAGUACGUGUGUGUCUGUUAGUGAGUGUGUGUGUGUCUGUUAGUGAGUGUGUGUGUCUGUUAGUGUGUGUGAGUGUGUCUGUUAGUGUGUGUGUCUGUGAGUGUGUGUUAGUGUGUGAGUGUCUGUUAGUUAGUGUGUGUUAGUGUGUGUGUGUCUGUUAGUGAGUGUGUCUGUGAGUGUGUGUUAGUGUGUGAGUGUGUCUGUUAGUGUGUAUGUGUCUGCUAGUGAGUGUGUGUGUGUCUGUUAGUGUGUGUGUGUGUCUGUUAGUGUGUGUGUGUCUGUUAGAGUGUGUGAGUGUGUCUGUGAGUGUGUGUUAGUGUGUGUGUGUGUGUUAGUGAGUGUGUGUGUGUGUGUCUGUUAGUGAGUGUGUGUGUCUGUUAGUGAGUGUGUUUGUGAGUGUAGUGUUUCUACGUUUUACUGUACUCUUUCUAAGUAUAUAUAGUGGUGAUAUACUUGGGUAUAGCAGCACCAUUCAUUUACUCUAUCCUCUAGCGCCAUUUUCUAUAUAUUUUUGUUGCCAUGUGUUUGUGAGUGUGUCUGUUAGUGUGCGUGUGUCUGUUAGUGAGUGUGUGUGUGUCUGUUAGUGAGUGUGUGUGUGUGUGUGUGUGUUGGGUGUGUGUGUGUGUGUGUGUUAGUGUGUGUGUGUGUGUGUCUGUUGUGGGUGUGUUUGUGUCUGUUGGUGGGUGUGUUUGUGUGUCCUGUUGUGUGUCUGUUAGUGGUGUGUGUGUGUGUCUGUUAGUGAGUGUGUGUGUGUCUGUUGUGGGUGUGUGAGUUGUGUGUGAGUGUGUGUCUGUGGGUGUGUGUGUUAGUGUGUGUGUGUCUGUUAGUGAGUGUGUGUUAGUGUGUGUGUGUGUCUGUUAGUGAGUGUGUCUGUGAGUUUAUGUUAGUGUGUGUGUGUCUGCUAGUGAGUGUGUGUGUCUGUUAGUGAGUGUGUGUGUGUCUGUUAGUGUGUGUCUGUGUCUGUUAGUGUGUGUGUGUGUCUGUUAGAGUGUGUGAGUGUGUCUGUUAGUGAGUGUGUGUGUGUGUCUGUUAGUGAGUGUCUGUUAGUGAGUGUGUGUUAGUGUGUGUGUGUUAGUGAGUGUGUGUGUGUGUGUUAGUGAGAGUGUGUGUCUGUUAGUGAGUGUGUUUGUGAGUGUGUCUGUUAGUGAGUGUGUGUGUGUCUGUUAGUGAGUGUGUGUUAGUGUGUGUGUGUGUGUGUCUGUUAGUGAGUGUGUGUGUCUGUUAGUGAGUGUGUUUGUGAGUGUGUCUGUUAGUGUGUGUGUCUGUUAGUGAGUGUGUGUGUGUCUGUUAGUGAGUGUGUGUGUGUCUGUUAGUGUGUGUGAGUGUGUCUGUUAGAGUGUGUGUGUGUCUGUUAGUGAGUGUGUCUGUUAGUGUGUGUGUCUGUUAGUGUGUGUGUCUGUGAGUGUGUGUGUCUGUGAGUGAGUGUGUCUCUGCUAGUUAGUGUGUGUGUUUGACUGUGUGUCAGUGAGUUUGUGUUUCUGUUAGCUAGUGUAUGCGUAUCUGUCAGUGAGUGUGUGUGUGUGUAUUUAGAAGGCGGGGGAAGGGAUGGGUGAAGUCGCACGGGCGGGGGGGAAGGGAUGGGUGGGGGUCGCGCGCGCAGGGGGGUUGGGGGGCGCCUGAGUUUUGUCCUGCCUAGGGCAGCACAAAACCAGGAUACACCACUGGCAACAGUGAUGAUCUGAGCCAUUCCAAUGCUUUUCCAUAGGAGACUAUGUCCUCUUGUUGAAGUAAUAUGCUGUCUAAUAGUACCCUGAUGUCUUGGGGGGCUAGUAUUUCCCUCUUAGGAUGAGGUAUCACCCAGUAUCAGGAACCAUGCAGGACUCUGACAGGUAGACAAUGGGACUUCCUCAGAGACCAAUAUUCUAUAAAACAGUUAUAACAAUAAUGUUCCCAAAAAAGCAAUCUUAAUUUAUAAAUAAACAAUCUCACAAGAUGAGGUUUCAGAAUUUAUGAUCGGUGGAAUCAGUAUUUGCUUUAUUUAGACCGGCAAGUGUCUAAUAAUAAAGAGAUACCUUACUAAUCACCAUAGAUUAAUUUAUUUCCCCCAAUUGUUGAUUGAUCUGUUAAGAAAAAUAAUAUUAGUGAUGAAUUAGGCAACAAGUCUUAUAACAUACUGUACAAUACUUAACAGUCAAUAUUAUUUAAGGUAAGAAAAUGGAUGAAUAAAUCUGUUAGCAAACCAAAUACUUUACAUAAGGCAGCUAAUCUAAAAAAAAUAAUUAUUGUAAAAACCUUUAGUUAUGUAUUUAAUUCUAGAUGAUAAUAUUUAUAUUGUAAGCUCACAGGCCAUCUAGCCAAGCACUUUGUAUAAAAGAGCUCCAAUGGCUAGAUAUCAGCUUAGAGGCAGGGCUCUCUCUACCUCUUGUAUUUGUCUGUGUAUAUUGUAUGGUUCUCCACUAAUUGUACAGCGCUACGGAAUUUGUUGGCGCUUUAUAAAUAGCAGUAAUAAAUAAAUAAAUAAUAUGCUUCUAACAUAAUUUCAAUAUAGAGUUUUCAUGUUAAACUCUACUGCACUUGGUAAAGGGAAACAGUUCUUUGUAUAAUGGAUAUAUGGCAUUGUAACAGAGCACCUGUACCGUGAAUGGUACCUGCGCUGUAGGUUCUCUCAGAGUGAAGCAGUGAUUAUAACUCUGGUGUACCCAAACAACAGCCAAGACUUGAUGAAGGGUACAAAAUGAACUGUUUUAUUAGGGCCAAGUGGCCUGUUUAUAUACAGAGACCCCCAGCAUGGGGUCUUCAUUCACUACAACAGUAAAACCCGCGCAGGGGUCUCUGUAUGGGAGAUAAGUGAGUUUGCUUUGGGAGUUUUGACCGACUGUGAAUGUGAGGAAUUAAAUGUGUAUUUCAAAUUUUAGACCUGGAAAAAUUUCUGAGCCAACAAUGCUUUCAUUUCACCUAUUGUGACCCAAAGUUUGAAAUUCACUUUGAAUUAUCAACAAUUCAUAUUUGUUAGUGGAAUCAGCUACUUAAAGGGACACUGUAGCCACCCAGACCACUUCAGCUCUUUGAAGUGGUCUGGGUGCAGUGUCCCAUCACCCUUAACCUCGAGCAUAUAAUUAUUUCAGUUUUUAUAAACUGGAAUAAUUACCUGCCAGUGUAAACUCCUCCUCCAGGGGCUGUCUACCAGAUAGCGACUAGAAGGACUUCCGGGCUCGAAGGUGACUUUUGGUCUCCUCAAUGAUGCUGGACGUCCUCACGCUAUGCACGAUGCUUUCCUAUAGGCAUUUGAAUAAUGCUUUUCCUAUGGGGAGGAGUGAAGACGGACCUGAGCCAGCGCUGCGGGACGUCGCCGCUGAACCCAGGUAAGUGACAGAAGGUGUUAUUAACCCCUUCUGCACCACAGGGGGAAGCUACAGUGCCAGGAAAACGAGUUUGUUUAGUGGCACUAUAGUUUCCCUUUAACAAAAAUCAAGGGUUCCCAACUGCACCUUGUUUGAGAUCUGGAAAUCCUGUUGUAUUACCCAAGAUGUUCAGUCAAUUUGUACACUGAUCUUAAAUUAGUAAUUUAAUUUCUAGUGUUUAUGAAAUGUACUGUUAAUUGGAAUGACAACAGUAUCUGAAUAAAGCAGGAUUCCAACUGAAUCCUAAACUCCCAUGUUAAGUUAAUUGCAUAGACCUCUGCUACAUGUACUGCCAAUACAGGUACUGGAUUACUGGCUAGAUGUCCUACAAGUUCACCCACACGUUUGCUGCAAUGUCUAGGAUAGGAUAUACAGCUAUAUUGGGUGUUUGUUUUUGUUUAGUAACCCCUCUUGCUUUGUUUCUCAUUCUCAUGUACUGUCAUUACUCAGGUUUAUGUGCAUUCAAACAGCUAAUGCUCAGUCCAUAAUACACUGCUUUAAGAAAAUGCAGAGCAGCUCUAAAAGAGCAAAACAAGUAUUUACUGCUUUCUGGUAUGGUGAAAGCUCAUUUGAUCAUGAGCUUUCACUUAAACUUCAGUUGUCAGCCAUGCUCAAGUCCUCAUCCUUCCACAUGAGAACCACUAUAUUCCUCCAGAACAUCUUUCAACAUAACUGAAUUAUCUUAUAUAUAUCAUGACUAUUCACUAUAUUUGGGUGGGGUGGGGGGGAUUACCCUGUCUUUGCUUGGUACCAAAUGCUGCAGCCAUGUUACUAACUAGUGCUAUAAACCACACUCAUUUAAUCUGUCGACAGUUUGCCUGUACUAUGGUGAAUACACUGCAAAGCUGGUUUCCUGACUUAUAUACUGACCUAGUACCCAGCUACCUGAAGGGUUUAUUUGUUCACUGCACUCUCAACUGCUUCCCUUUAUAAGUAAAUGUACUACAACUGAUGUUACAACUGAUGUUUCUCAUAAUGCUUGAACUAUUUCCCUUUCAGUCAAAGCAGCUUGUUCGACUGAAAUAUUUAAAAAGGGACUCAUGACUGUAACCUAUGCUCAGGCUUUUGCAUAUGCUGCACUUCUUAACUUAUUUGAACUUCUGUUAUGUCCUAAAAUUGCUGGUUCUAGCUUAAUAAGUCAUUGUGUAUUUAGCAGGGAUAUGGAACAAAUUGCAGUUUCCAUCCUAUACCCACUGAUUAUGGUAAAAUGCAGAAAAAAACUAUUAGAUAUUAAAAUAUCCAAUUGUUCCCCCAAAUCUCCAACCAUGGAUGGCAGGUAGGGGCUCUAACAUUUAUAAGGCGGGUCUAGUAUUCGUCCCCCAGCUGUUAUCUGUGGGCUGCAACAGGGGACUAUAAUUUGGUCUGGUUCCCAUGGGUGGCUGGUGGGACUUAAAUAUUUGUAAGGAGAGUACCUUAUGUCACCCACCCAUGGGUGGCUGCCUAGGGCUUAAAUUAAAAGUACAAGAGGGGGGAGAGGCCAUGUCAUUGUCUAUCCCACCAAAGUUUUUUUCUAAUUCCUCUCACUCUCAUAUUAAUAAUAAUCUAUUGCCUCCCAAUCUUGGCGGAUGUAGUCUCCUAUAUUGCUAAGGGAGGGACCUUGCAUACUCUCCCAAUCCUUAUCCAUUGGGCUGCCAGUGGGGACUCUAAUUUUAAAUGGGGCGAUGUAGUGUCUUCCACCCAUAGACUACACCUGAAAAAAUACUUCUUACUUACCAUCAGAAGUCUUCUUUCCGCUAAAUCUUUUUUUUUAUUCAUCCUGAAAAAGGUCAACAUGCAACUCAAUAAAUAAUAUUCCAUAUGAGCUCUGUGGUGCUAGGUGGUGCUGGAACAAGGCUAGGAACUAUGCAAGCUCAAUCAGAGCACUCUGAUUGAUGUUAACAGUCUGCCCACUAAAAUGUUUACCGAAUUUGGGCCUAACUGAAUGACGAGGUGACUUGAUGUUCGAAGAACUGAAAAGAAAAACACAAACUCACUAAAGUGAGAAUUCAAAGUAAAUUUCAAAUCUAUGGCCAGAAAAGCUAAACUGAAAGCUUAGCUGACUUAGAGAAUCUUACCAGGUCGACUAUUUUGACCUUAUAUUUGAAAUACACUUUGAAUUCUCACUUUAGUGAAUAACUGUUAAACAUGACUGCAAAUUCUUUCCAUGCACAUCUCUAAAGAUUAGCCACAGUCUCAUGUUUUCCCUAUUAGCACAUACCAUAGGGUAUUUUCUGCAUGUAAUCCAAUCACAGUACAUUUGCACAUGUAAAUAAAAUAUUCUGGUGAUACAUAGUGGCAUUGGACACUGCAUUCGUGCUUACCUAGAUCAGUGAUAUCUUUUCCUCUUCCUUUGCAGGGGUGGAAGCAUUGUGAUUGUCUCGUCUGUGGCUGGAUACACCCCAUUCCCUGUGAGAUAUUUUGCUCCAUGCAUGCCUUUCUCAUCCCAUCAUCUUCCUCUAUUCUCACAGUCUCUGUGUUAUCAUAAGACUCUGGUUUUCUCCUCUGCCCAUGCAGAAAACUGUACUUCACUUCUCCUCUCCUCUUUACCUACAUUAUGCUGCUUCUAUUAUCUAUCACAACCUGACUCCUCAGGCUCUGUACAUUUAUAACUUCCCCUAUAGUUCUCUUAUCUUAAUAAACUAUAAUCCACUUAUCUGUGUAUAUUCUAAAGUUACCGUUCGUCCUAUACCUUGCCUGUAUAAUAUAGGUUUAACUUAAUCUUCUAACUUUCAACAUCCAUUCUUUUAGAGCCUUGGUCCAUACAGUGUCAGCAAGACAGCAUUGCUUGGUCUCACGAAGGCCCUGGCACCAGAACUUUUACCUCUGAACAUUCGAGUGAACGGCCUGGCACCGGGACUCAUCCGUACCAAGUUCAGCUCAGCUGUGAGUCUGAAAGAUUUUCAAGAAGUGUGAUUGUAUAGUUAUGAGUGUGGAGACGUUCCCAUAUUAUUUGGUGUUGAAGAGUGAGUUUGUAGUAGAUACAGUGUAUGUUUGGUGUACUGUAUGAUUUGUAUAGUUUUAGAGUACAGAUACUGCAAGUUAUUUGGGAAUGUGAUUUAAAGGUGUCAUUCUUCCCACAGCUUUGGAAGGAUGAAUCCAUGGCGAGUAUGGUGAAAAGCGUGGUCGGCGUUAACAAGUAAGCACUGGAGUCUCUGCUGGAAGCACACUGUUUUGGGUGUUAUCAAAUUGUUAAUUUUAUUACUUUAUUUUUAUAUGUGUGUAUUAUUUCAUUCAUAUUAUAACUAUCUUGCAGAAUAGUGGGUGAUGAUUUUAAUUGCCUUUUAUCUUACAUGGAUGAUGCAGCUUGAAGAACUCUGAACUAGUUCUAUACACAUAUAGGUGCUAUACUCUGUCAAUUCUUCACGGAUAACCAGAAUUUACUGAGAAAAAUCAUAGUGCUGUAUUACAAUAGCAUAGUGGUGUACUAUUGACUAGUUUGAUAGAUGUUUAUUUCAAAACACCUGUAAAAUCACUGUAUGACCUGAGUCACUAUAAACCUGCUCUUGUUUUGGGACCUGCAUGUCCUUAAACUAAUAUUGCUGCAGAAAUGGAUAAAUAAUAUGAAAAGGGUUCAUAUUCUUUUGAUGGGGAGAUAGAUUAGAUGUCUGGUCUGUCUACUGCUUGUAUGUGGCAAGGCUAUUGGACACUGCCUGCCCAGAGCCAGGCUAUACAUGUCCCAGAUGUCAGGAAAUACAAGUUCAACGUUCCUACUUUAAUAUAACCAUAAUGGAAUGAGAUAGAUGCAGCAUACUAUUUUAAAACAAAAUUUGUUCAGUUAAAGGAACACUAUAGUCACCCAGCCCUCUUCAGCUCAUGGAAGCAAUAGAUUUUGAUUCCAGUGUACAGCAGUACAUGGGUGAGCUUACAUGUGUGUUUCGAUUCAUCAUACAAUAAAACAUUUAUAUAUAAUAUAAUAUUUAUAUUUAUUUAUUUUCUAACAUUUUGGUGAGCAAGAGAAGACAAUACAAUAUAGAAUAUGUGCAUAAUAAUGUCAUUUCAAAGAGCAUACAACUAAUAAUAUGCAAAUACAUUUGCUCAAUAUUGAAUUUCAGUCUACAUUCCAUCAAUAAUUGUGAUAUAUUUUAUUAUGUUCCUGUUAUGAUAACUUAUUCAUGUCUAUAGGGGAACAUGCUAAUUUAUACAUCUAUUAAUCCACUUUCAGAGCGUGAGUAAGAUAUAUGAGGUGGGAGAAAGAUUCAGUAUUUUAUCCUGUGUUUUUUUGUUUUUUCUGGUUUGUUUUUUUAAACAAUUUUAUUAUACUUUUCAUUCAUCAGGAAUGCAUACAGAAAAGAUAAAUAGGGAGGGUAAAGCAUGAUAAUGAUAAUAGCCAUCUGUCAGCAGCGUAUCUCAGCUGAACUACUUUAUUAUUUUUGUAUGGAAUGUUGACCCAUGUUGUUAGUAUGUACUACCAUGCAGGGAUUUAUUUAUUUAUAAGUCUCCUCACUAUUGACAGCACUGGCUUUACAGUCUUUGAAUCUCCUCCCUUCAUUACAGUUAUUAAUGCUAUAUAACACAGUAUCACUUUUAUAACUUGUAUUGUUUUUGCAUUAGAAUUGAUACACCUUUACAGCCUAUAUCAGUAGUCACUGAGCUUUACUCGCUGUAUAGUCUCCACUUACUCCUGUUGUUCUUACAAUUUUUUCUUUUCUACAUUUAUUUUAGAUUUAUUUAUUAAAAGUUACAUUUUUUUCAGCUAACUAUACACAGGCAGAAUGGCAUUUUUUUCUUUUUUUUGUUUAUUCCCUAGGGUAAAGCAUGAUAGUUAAAAAAAAUGGAUAAAAAAGCAUAAAUGUGUGUGCAUCUCUAAAAUUAAUUACAACCCAUUAUAAAGCACUACGGCAUUUGUUUGAGCUAUAUAAAUAUAAUAAUAAUAAUAAUUACACCUUCUUGGGGUGAAAUCAGUAUCCCAUGCGUUUCUAAAACCACAAUGUGCAUCUCACCACUGUUAUGGAACGAGUCAUACCUAAAAACAGAAUAUAAGGAGGAGGGGGAACCAGAGCAAAAAUUAUAAUAGUACUCCUUUCAGCUCUAACCAAAAUGGUGUACCAUGGUUUCCAGCAUGUGUCCAAUUACGUAGUUUUAGGAACACAUGUUUGGGCACACCUUUGGUUUAUUUAAAGAGGCAGUUUUAUAUUUAGGAGUACAGAAAAUGGACAACGUUUCGGCACCUACUUGUGCUUUUUGUCAAUUAGACUUAUAGACCUAUAAAUUAGGUAAGGCCAACAUCCUCAGUCUCAGGACGAGUAAGGAUGUCAAACUUUACCUCUCUAGAUCUAGCGCUGUAUGACUUGAAGAAAUUGUUGGGCAGGUGAAUGGGUAGGGUCUCAAAAAGAUAAAGCAUUCUUGGAAGAAGCUUCAUAUUGAUGAUUCCUAACCUCCCCCACCAUGAAAUGUGUUGUAAAGCCCAAUCUUCCAUAUUGUGCCAAAAUCUUCUGAAGCAGGGUAAGAAUUGUGAGAGUAAACCUAGCUCAGAUCCCUGGUUACUCACAUCCUCAAAUAUUUGAGGGAGGCAAUGGACCACUGAGACGGGAUCAGGUCAGCAGAUCAAGCUGGCAGGCAAAUGUUCGAGAUGGUUGAUUUUGAAAAGUUAAUACGUAGGUAGGAGAUUUAACCAUUUCAGUUAAAUUUAUUUAAGAAAUUAGGAACAGUUACGGCAGGUUACAUAGAACAGCAAGUCAUCAGCAUAUGCUGCUACCUUAUGCUCUUCCCACCCCACUUUGACCCCCCGUUCCCUGCCCCCCAUAUUUCUGGAUUGAGCUGUAUCGCAUUGAGAGGGGGUUCGAGGGCAAGGACAAAAAGUGACUACAGGCAGUCUUGGCAAGUACCAUUAUGUAUCUCAAAGGAGUCAGUAAAGGCCCCAUGGCUACACAACCCGGCAGUCAGGGAGACAUAAUGUCAAAUUAAUUGUUGCAUGAACGGACUCAACCGUACAUGGCAGAGUGUGGCAAACAGGAAUGUCCAUUUAUCUUGAUCUUCACCGCGUCUGUAGAAAACAGGAGAUGGCCCCCAGAUUCCGUUUUUUUGUUGAUGAAGCAGAGCAAGAGUCUGGAUAGUGUUUUCUCUCCCCCGCUCAGUGGUAUGAAGCCUGUUUGGUCCUCGUGAUUGAGAGAGGCUUCAAUCACAUGGCCUGUAUUUUUGAAAACAGCUUUGUCACAGUUCAGGAGGGAAAUUGGAUGGUAGCUUGAUAAGUGCUCUUUGUCCUUGUCCUCUUUGGUGAUUAUGGUUAUGUUAACUGACAAAAUUUGCCUUGAGAUGGCAGUGUCCUCCCGAAUUGCAUUGAACACAGCGACAAAGUAUGGAAGUAAAUUGUAGUAUUUCAGUGUCAGCCCAUCAAUCCCUGGACUCUUGCCCGUUUGCGUAGUCUUGGCUGCUAGGGCCAGUUCUUCCUCAGUAAGGGAGUCUUCUAGAUGUUGUGCAUCUGUACGGGAAAGUCUGCUUUGUGUGUAUAUCUAGAGGUUAUCGUCAGUUGUCUCUGUCAGGGAUUUUCUAACGACAGUGGGAGGGGGCGAGAGUAGUAUGAGUUAAUUAGCCCUGCAAUUUUAUCUGGCAUGUAACAGACAAUUAUUUGGGUUUUGCAUGUUUCCAGUGUAAGUGGACGCUCUGUGCUUGGAAAUCAUUUUGGCUAAUAGAACACCACACUUAUCAGAAGGUCUUGUGAGGGUUCUGUUGAAGUCCCACCUUGAAUUGAUUUUCCUGGAGGAAAACAAUCUGUGCUCUUUUAGCUUUAAAAUCUUCCAGUGCACGUGAACAUUUUUCCAGGAUAUUAAGGCCAUUGGAAUUUAUGGAAAGCAUUCUCAGGGUCAUGGGUGUAAACAUCAUGGUGGAGUAGGUUGGACAACACCAGGCAACUCAAUUACAAAUGAUGGUAAGGAGAAGUAAGAAACACCAAAACAAAACACCUGUCCAGCAACCAGGAGGUACGGGUGACAGUGAAUGUGAUUUGGGAGAAAGAACCAGCCUCUCCUCAGAACCAAGACACCAAAACCUCUGGGGACACCCAUCAGGACGCCGCAAGAUGUGUCAAUCCCAAACCAGUGAGUCUAUAGGCUGCUUGACUAUGGUCAAAAAGUACUAUAAACAGAAACCAGUCACCCGUACAGAAUCAAAGAUUAAGACAAAAAAGGAAUGAUAGUAGUUGAAAUUCACAAUUACAUGUACUUGCCCAAGUGAAUCUAAGAGGACUUUGGAAAUGCUUACGCAAUUUGACAGCCAUAGCCCGUAUAACAUAAUUUUGUACAGUUUGAAAAUGUCUCUAUCACAAUUUAGAGACAGAAUAAGCAGUGGAAGAUGAACUGUGUCUGAUUAAAAUUACAGAUUGGUAUUGGACUGUGACAUGUGAGGCCUAUGUACAUCCUGUGCAGAAAUGGUCUAUCCAGAAUUCUUGCAAUUAGGAAUCCAUACAUGAGGAAAUGGGAAAAAGCAAAAGAGGUUGCAAUCAAUAAAAAAGCAAAAGGAGUGAAGCAGAAACUACUAUAAAGCCUGGUAUGACUGUAAUCUGUGUUAUUUAAACCAUGUUCAGCACUAAUAUGUCCUCCAGAGUCAUAAGCCAUGUAUUUUUGAGCUGACAUAGAGAAUGACCCUGAGUGAAGGAGCAAGAAACAAAGGAUCAUGAGAAUCCGGUUGUGGUCGUCUGUGUCCAGUAUUCACCUGGUACUUUUUCACAAUGUUCAAGUUUACUGGCAGCUUCCAGAUAACCUAUGAGUACAGUGUGAGCCUCUUAGUUCCUUGUUAUCGAUCAUUGGUUGCAAUGAUGGUUACUGCAGUAUGGCAUAAUGAAAACAUAUACUUGCAUAUGUAUGCUCUCCACUCAAUUUACCUUCAGAAAUGGAAAUAGUAAUUGGACUUUUCUGUGCAACUUGGUUCAGGAGUCCAUCUUCAUCUUGCCACAUGCUUUUGAGCUCUAUAAUAAAAUAACAGACAGCUUUUUUUUUUAAUAUUCUACUUCAGACGAAUGUGAGGAGAUGAAGGCAUCCCUUGGAAAAGCCAGCAGCGUACUCUUAUAUGGAAGAGGCAGGAAUGAGAUUAUCAAAGCAAGGAAUAUGUUGCCAUAUACAACUUGACCACAGAAGAUGUCUCUACCAGUUGCAGAAUCUACCAUGUCAGCCUUUUGAUGGAAAGUCGCUUGCGCAUUCAACAGUCAUGAACGAAUACAGACACAACCAUGGGUUGGUGUAAACUCACUGUGCAGCAACCUGUCCACGUAUCAAAUGCUGAUCUUAUUAUUAAUUUAUUUUGCAGAGAGCUGCAAGCAGAUUACGAGCCACGGAAAAGAGCUGAGCAGCUCAAACAAUGGAGGUAAGUGUGGGGUACAAAUAUUUAAAAAUAUGCAAUGUGAAAAAAAAAUCUGAUUUAUUCAUUUUAAUCCAUGUUGACUUAACUGAAGUAGGUAAGACAGAAAAUCUAUUUGAUUUCAUAUGAUUUAAAAAAAAAAAAUCAAUACAUAAUCCAUACAAUUACAAUUUUUGACUUGCUCUUAAAUCUAGAAAUCACUUAACCAGAUGCACAAUCUUCAUCCUUUUUUCUUUUAAGAAGUCCCUCAUCCUCACUUCUUCAAAGAAGCUUAUAAUUAAAGGGACACCUCCUGUGUGACUUUUACUAAACUUUUGUAAUGCAUUAUUUACCCAUUAAACAUAUUUGUUAUGGAAAGCAUUACAAAGGAAGGAACAUUAAUACGAAAAAAUGUUAAAGGAAUAAAAACAUUUUACCUAAGAUGUUCUCCCUUCGGCUGCAAGAACCAAGAAACAUUUUGUCUUCUAGGAAUGUCCAAAUUAACCAGAAGGUGGUUAUUUCAGGAAAUACUUUCUCAUAAACCAAGAGAAUCACUACAAAUACAAAAAAGCUGGAUUUCUGAGAUGAAAUGCCAGGAAGGCACAUGCUGCUUUUUUGAUGCACAGUUCUAAAGUACCAAGAGAGUGAAUGGAAUAGGAGACAAACCUGUUUUCCUACUGCAAAACCAUCUUUUCUCAAAGCAUCAUGUUUUGAAAAGUAAAAGGCAAGUCCUGUCAUGGACACUGAACUGGUGUGCCCAGUUUGUGGGGUAUAACAAAAUGUUAUUCUGAAGAGUCAUCAAGAAAUCCCAGAUAAUAUUCAUGAUUGCCAACCUUACUCUGCAGCUGUUGAAGAAGAAGAAAAUAUUGCUUGGAGUGUCCCUUUAAUAUAACGAGAUCCCACAAUAAUUCUCCACUGUGACCAACUGCAAAGCUGAUACAGUCUUUCUGUCUAUAUUUGUGACACUAACGUUUCUCCUACCUUGCAUUUAACCUAUACUGUACACCCUCUGUGUUGAUACCAGAGUUAACUCUUAUGUAUAAGUAAGAUAUCAACCAAUGCAUACAUUAACCUUAUAAGAAUCAUUAUUACUAAUUAUUUCAACCAAUGAAAGCCAGUGAAAGUAUUGAAGUAUUGAUCUAUCUGCUAAAUGCCAAUUAGUUACACUGUCUUUUGGAAUAUACUUCAUAUAUGACAUGAAUUAUACUAGCAAAGAGUGCAGGGGAGAGAGAAAGAGAGAGAGAGUGUGUGUGUGUGUGUGUUAGUUAUAGUAUUGAAUAGAGAGUGCCUUACUGUAAGGACUUUUGUAACCUAAUUUAUAUACAUAUAUGCAGGAGCAACUGUUGUGCUUCUUUUAUUGGCUUUACAAGCUUUGCCAUUCACAACACAGAAAAUAUGUCACUUAAUUAACUCUUGCAGUGCAUGGUACAUUAAACUUUGCCCAAUAAUGUCUAUAAUAGUUAAUAAGAUAUUUACAGCGAGCUUUGAAACCUGAUUGCUAUUCUUGAGCCAAGGAGGAUUUUAAUGAUAGUUAGAAAUCCCACUUGACUCAAUACUUAGAAACUUAGGUUUCUGAGUAUAUAUGGUAAUACCCGGGCUGAUAUAUUUUUUUUUCUGCCCAGGCUAAAUUUUAACUGGCCGAUGGCUAGUGGUUGAGUGGAAAUUGUGAAUUUUAUUGAACUAUGUUUAAAACUGCAGGUCACUGCUGAAUAUAAGUGCAGGGAAUCCCAUGAAUGACUAUGUUAUGCAUCUGGAGACGUCCAGUCUUUCCGAGUUGUCAUGUAUAUGGCAUUUUUAGUUCUGUUUUUAUAAAUAAGUAUGUAGUAAACAGAUUGUUGUUGGUUAUUAGUUUCACCUGUAUUAAUUCUUCACAGAAGAACUAGAUACUAAAAUUGGCAAAGAAUAAAAUAAAAUAUGAAAUAGGAUUAUACAAAGUAAACACUGGGAUGAUGACAAGUAAGUAUUAAAGGAGCACUAUAUGGUCAGAAACACAAACAUGUAUUCCUGACACUAUAGGGUUAAAACCACCAUUUAGCCACCCUGGUCCCCUCAUGCCUCCCUAAAUAUAGUAAAAUCUUACUAGUAUUCAAGUCUGGAGAUGCUUGGUUUGUCACUGUUUCCUUUUGACCUGCCCACUGCCUGCUGACAUCAGCAGAAGUGGUAGCCUGAUCCAAUCACAAUGCUUCCCCAUAGGAUUGACUGAGACUGACAAAGAGGCAGAUCAGGGGCAGAGCCAGCAUGAUUCAAACACAGCCCUGGCCAAUCAGCAUCUCCCCAUAGAGAUGUAUUGAAUCAAUGCAUUUAUUUGAGGAAAGUUCAGUGUCUGCAUGCAGAGGGAGGAGAUAUAGAAUGUUUGGGUGCAUUUUAGCCAGCCAUGACCCAGGAAGGAUCUCUAACAGCUAUCUGAGGAGUGGCCAGUGAAGUUAUCACUAGGCUGUAAUGUAAACACUGCAUUUUCUCUGAAAAGACUGUGUUUACAGCAAAAAGCCUGAAGGUAAUGAUUCUACUCACCAGAACAAAUUCAAUAAGCUGUAGUUGUUCUGGUGACUAUAGUGUCCCUUUAAAUAAGAAGAUAUGAGAAAAUCAAGAAGUUGAUAUGAUAAUAUUAGUUUGGUUUUACACCAGCAAUUAUUGGCUCAUUGAUUUACAGAUAUGUUAAUUAGGAUAAUAUAAGGUAUUGAAUACAUAAUGUGAUUAUUAAAAACAUAUUGAAUAGGGCUAUAUGAGAUAACCAAUAAGUUUUGGGAUCAUGAAAAGGAAAUAUUGAAUCAGAUGUAAGUUUAUUAGUAAAUGAUGGGAAUUAUGUGAAACAUGCAAUAAAACUGAUGAAAUUGAUCAAAUCAUUUUGUCGUGACUGAAAUUAAGUGCAGACUGUUUAUAUUGAGGCAAUAUCUUUGGAAAGAUGAUUUGUUGACAAUAAAUAUUUAUAUAGACAUAAGAUGAUGAUAAUAGAGCCUCAUUUUACAAAAAAAACAACCUGCAGCAUUUAGUGGGGCGAAUGAAGCAGUAAGUGUAAAACAUACUUACCUCCAGUGCACUUCCGUGUUCUGUGUGGCUUUGUAGUCAUACUGUGCCUUCUGCUUCCUUGGCUUCAACAGAGAUAUUCUGUAUGAAUGCAUGCAUGUUCUCCAAGAAGUGCUGUCUGCACACAUGCCCAGUACUUUCGGCACUGCAUGUUUUUACUAAUUUGCAUUUUUUGCCUGGUGCUACUCAGCAUAGCAUUUAAAGUAAAAUAAAUAUAGUAUUGAAAAAAAAUAAAUUUUGGACUAUAUAGAGCAGGUGUUUGCAAGGUAAAACUCAUACUGACAUUGUUAUUUCUGCCACAGGAUUGGAGAGCCAGAAGAAUGUGCUGGAGCAGUCUCUUUCCUCUGCUCGUCUGAUGCUUCAUAUAUCACCGGGGAAACCAUUGUGGUAGCAGGAGGGACACAGUGUCGGCUAUGAGCAAUUCUCAAUACUUUAUACUUUUUUGUAAUUGUGAUCAUUUGCCUAAGAAUACAUUUCUGUAAUAACAUGCUUCUAAAUGUAUCAAAGCUUUAUUGCUACUAUUGGGAAUCCCAUUAUAAACUUUACAUCAUUUUGCAAUAAAGCCCUUACAUCAUAAUUAGCCACGGGUAAGCUAAAUUGAGUUAUAUAGACUAAAUAAAAUAGCUUUCUAUGCCAGUGUUUACCUGUUGUUUCCGCAAGAACAAAAUUGGGGAUCCCCCGUGAUUUCACCGAUCCAACAUGGCCGUGGCAAUUUGCUAAUCGGGUGACCCAAGCACUUUCAUGGGUAUUAUUGCCAAUCGGGAACUGUUUGAUAGGUAUAUUGCUGUCAAUAAAUUUUUGGGAAUAUUUAUGAAAGUUUGGCGCACUUUUAAAUAUUGUAAUCUAUACUCCCAAGACCAAGUAGUUUUGAUCUGGUUUGGCUCUUUAUAUUAGUAGGUUUAGGCUCUGGUUUGGCUCUUAAUGAGUAGAUGUAGGUUUUCUUUAAAAUUCCCUGUUGAUUGAAUCACCCUGUAAAAGUACAGCAAGUGUGUCUCACUUUUAGAUAUUAGAGAGAUCCCAAAUUUCACAGGAGAAGGCCUGUAGAUUUUGAAAGCAAGGGGAGAAUCAGAUAAUUGUACAGAAAUUUUGGCACUUUGAUUUCAUUUUCCAAAAUGUAAUGUUUAGAUAAUAACGCUGUAAAAAUGUGUGGCAUUUUGAGAUAUUAUAAAGAUAUCUGUAAACUUGGAAAACAGUGGGAGAUGGAAUGAUUUUUGAAAUCAGAUAUUCCUGCCUAAAUUUUGCCAAAGAUCCAACAUUUCCCCAGGAAGAUGUGCAUAGACAUGGGAAGAAAUGGUAGAUUUGGUAAAUAGUAGAAGUAAUAAAUAGACAAAAAGUAGCUUGCUCCAGAAUGUUAAUAUUGUUGGCAUUUUUGUGUCAAGACAUUACCAUUCUACAUUAUGUAUAAUGUAUUUUUAUUGGUUGGUAAAUAGAAACCUUUACAUACACCUGUAAAAACAAAUGGAAAAUGGGAACACCAUUUUGGAACAUGUAAUGAACCUUCAAAAAACACGCAUUAGAAUGAGGCAGAGGAAAGCCAGUAAUAUGUCAUAGAACGUCUGCUGGGUAAUAAACACUUCACAGGCUACUCCAAGGACCAUGACCACUUCAUUGAUUUGAAGUAGUUAUGGUGCCUAGACUCUGUAUGUGUAGCAUUUGACUAAGAAACACUGUACAGACAUAAUGGACUUUUCUGCUGGAGGUGUUACUCCAACUUCUGAAAGCUAAUAAUGUCAAUUCUGUGCAUUAAAGGCAUCGAUCAACAGCAUGCAUAGGAUCAAGCCCCCUCCCCCAUGCUGCCUCCAGUUCUCCCUCACCCCAUCCUUCAGGACAUCCCUCCCCAUGAACAGAGUAGGAGUGACAUCACCAGAGGAAGAUCAGACUGCAUGGGAUUGCAAUUAAGUUCUUUCCUUACAUCUCCAUGCCAGCACUCUUUUUAGUUGGAGUAACCCAUUAAGUAGGCAAAUGAAGUGUCCAGGCCAGUAAUAGAUUCCUUCAUUACAUGAUUUUCAUGUUAUAUCUUCAUCUAGCCUAUCUUCACAAGUAUUAAACAGGAAAAGUUUAAAACAAUUUACAAUCAUCAAGAAAAGAGAGAGAACAUGUUUUUGUCACAAAGCCUCUGGCUGUCUUUUUGAUGAAUAUCGGGAAGCAUGCUGGUGCUCCUGCUUUACGUACCAAAGAUGACAAUGUGAAGACCAGGUUUGCUCAGUUUGCAAAGGUCCUUGAAGGAAUAAUCUGGAUGAAUCAUUGGAUAUCAGAUGUGUGAAUGCAGCUUUGUUUUCCGUUGAAUGUUUGUUGCCCAUCAGUAUACUCUGAUGUGAACAUUUGUUUCCUGGCAUAAUGUAAUAAGAAACUCUAAAAAGAGCAUUCUAAAGAUAUGAUAUUGCAUAAGAAAACAAAUCUCUAAAAUUAUGCUAUGGCAUAAAAAAAUCGGAUGUGUUAAGAAACUGUUCACACAUCUCCAAAACAUGGUGGGCUCAUAGUAUGGACUCAUCUUCCAACACAGGAGAUGAUUGUAUGUAUCUGCUGCUUAUGUAAAUCAGUAGAAAGAAAAAGAAAAAAAUACAAACGCAAGAAAUACAAAUGUACCUAACCAACACAGUGGUAGGAAUAUACACUUAACUUGGUAUGAGAUGAAUGCAGCUUCCCAAGAGGUUUCCCCCAAACGAACCUCAAAUGCAGAUAUGUAAAUGGAC